AUGCAUGGAAUUAUUGAACUAAUUCUGAAUAGUGCUUUAUUGUGGAUAUUUUCACAAAUUAUUUGGAGUACCUUGAUAAGUGUCUUUUAUAAUUUUUGCAUACCAUGGAUUGUUUGGGGUUCUUUUAUUAUCGCAGUUGGAUUAAAAAUAACCAGGAUUCCACCACCAAAUUUGAGCAUUGUGCAAGAAGUGCUUGGUGUAAAUCCCCUUUCAUUGAAAAAAGAUAAUACUAUGUUCAAAGAUCAUGGUAAUGGAGAACAAUAUUGCAUGCGAGUGGUGGCUCAUCGUGGUGGAGGAUAUGAUUUCCCUGAGAACAGCUUAACAGCCUUUCGUAAUAGCAAGGAAAAAGGAUGUACUGCAAUUGAAUUUGAUGUAUCUCUUACAAAAGAUAAUGUACCUAUAAUAUUUCAUGACCUAACAAUUGAUAGAGUUACUGGAAGAACUGGUAUAAUUAAAGACAUGACCUGGGAUCAGUUAAAACAAUUAGAUAUUUCCCAUAAUCAUCCACUUAAAGAUAAGUUUAUUGAUGGUGAAAAAAUUCCAUUGCUUCAUGAAGCUCUAGAAAUAUGUUUAUCAAAUGAACAAAGAAUAAUUAUUGAUAUAAAAGAAACCAAAAUGGAAAUAGUGCAAGUAAUUUUAGAUACAUAUAAAAAGUAUCCAAAAUUAUUUCAGAGAGCAAUUAUAUCCAGUUUUAAUCCUAUUAUUGUAUAUAUGAUUAGAAGAAAGGAACCUCGAAUUGUGGCAGGUCUUGCAUGGAGACCACAAUAUUUUUCAAGAUUAUCAUAUUCAGCUCUAGAUGGUCCAGGUCCAGUGAAAUAUAGCAAUCCAUUUAAACAUAUAGUAGCGUGCUUGUUUGAUCAUAUUUAUGAAUGGGUGUUCCACCAUUUUGUAUACUAUAUUCUGGGUGUAUCUGCUGUAUUAUUGCACAAAGAUAUACUAAAUCCGCGUCUUAUAAAAGAAUGGUAUAAUCGUGAUAUUCGUGUAAUGGCAUGGACAGUAAAUCUACCAUCAGAGAAAUUACAUUUCUCCCGAUUAUUUAAAGUUACUUAUUUAACGGAUACAUUGCUAGUUGAAAAAGAUAUUUCGAGUGAAAUUAUUUGACUGUAAUAUAUCUGUAACAUUUACAUCUGAAAUGUGUUCUACAUUUUCUUGUCGAAUAAUUGGACUUAAAUCAAAAUUUAUAGGCAAAGAUGUUAAUCUUGAUGAAAGAGGAGGAACCAUUGGUUACAAAAUUCACGAACUGGAUGUUUUAGUUUAUGCUUUCCAGAUAUUUUGUCAUAUAAGAAACAGUGUUGACAUUGAUGAUAUGAUGCACAUUUUAGACACGUAUAUUGUGGCCCUUGAAUUGAUGUACAUACUAUAUUCUGCAGAUUUUAUACGAUUAAAUGUUGUUAUCCAAACAAGUAAAGGAGGUUCUUGCAUAAUCCAUGCUGCAAAUUCUGAUUCAGUAACUCCAAGACAUCCCUGA